GAUGAAGAUAUUUAUUCAUUUUUUGAGCCAGAGCUUCCUCUUGGACAAGCAGCAACUACAAGAACCAAGAUAGCUAACCAUCUCAAUAGAAAUACUUCAAAUCAUUCAGCUGGUAAAAGUGGGCAUUGGGCAGUUAGUUACAAAGUUUCCCAGCAAGCCUCAACCUUAGACAAGAAAGCUGGCAGUAAUGAAAAUGGAAAUUGGUGGUCCAUGAUGCGUGAUAGAAUGACAGUUCAUGAAGGGUCAUCGGUUCUUGACCUCAAGGCUGAUAACUACUUCUCUUGUGCAGUUGGUAGAAAGUGCUCUACUUCCAGAUACCUUCUUGGUUCAUCAGCUGAUGUUGUGUCCCUACUGAAAGAGCUGGCCUACUGUUCAUCUUACAGAGCUGCUUCUUCGUACAAAUAGAAGUCUAUUAUUUGAGACAGACACUCGGGGAGGGAUAGUACGAUCGCGUUCAUUCACAGCUGAGGAAACAUGCUUGUACUUUCCAAGAGUUAAGCAUAUAAAUAGAAGAAAUUCCCCUGAAAGAAAAUUUAGUAGAAAUAAUGUCCACAGGACCCUUGGGAUUGGCUUGUAAACGGUAUCCUUUUGGUUGGAUUUUAUAGAACCAUAUGCCUUGCCUUUUCAUUUCCUUUA